CAAUCUCUCACACACUAUCUUAUUUACUCUCUUCCUAAGUAUCUAAAAUUUAAUUUUCACUAUGGCAACUCAGCCAUCCGCCCCAGCAGCAGUGAAGUGCAAUGUCAAAUUGGAGCAUAUUGAUGAAGUCUACGACGCUUCGUACUUGGUACCAGUGAAGACGCUAUCAGAACUAUCUCGUUACUUCAACGAUUAUUUCAUGAGGUACCAUGAACCAACUCGUAGGGUGAAAAAAAUUUGCUACAUAACACCAUACUACCCGUUGGAUACGGUCCACAACGACUGGAAAUUAAGCUACGAGAUCAAGUAUCUUGAAACCGACCGUGAUGUUCAAGACAUGUUUCAAUGGAGGACAAACACAGGGGACCCAUUGUAUUUACAUGUUGCAACUCAAUUAAUCGACUGGUAGAUUCCACAGAUUAUUGCUAUCCUACUUAAUGCAUUGUAUUUUGAUGAAAUAUGUCUUUUGUAAUUUCAACUACAUGUAUUCGCGUAAUCAUUGUUAUAUUAUGAUAAUUUAUUUGGAUUAUGUUUUA